UGAAAUAAGGCCUAAAAGGGCUGAAGUUUAUUUUAUUUAUUUAUUUUUUCUUAUUGAAUUUAAUUAAAUUGUUUAUUUAAUUGUUUGGGAAAUAGAAGCUGCCCCAGAAGAGCCGUUGUAAGAACGAUCUGUGUAAUGAUGCAGCAGCAGCAGCAGCAGAAUCAGCCGAAUCUAGGGCAGAUAAAAGCCAGAGUCGUCUCCAAUUUCAAUUUCGCGGUGCUGAAUCACUGCCGGCCGUUGUUGAUCGGAGUUCUGACGGUCUAUCUGAUCGUAUUUUCCUACACGAAUAAAAACCUAACAUUCCCUGGAUCGGAGUAUUUCUGCCCUCUUUUGAAUCCGUCGCCGGCGACGGCGACGGCGCCGGAGAAUUUGACGGUUCUGCCGAAGGUGAAGGUGAAAGCCGCGCCGGCGCCGACGAAUCUGAGCCACUUGGUGUUCGGACUUUUGGGGUCGGAGAAGGCGUGGCGGUACCGGAAAAACUACAUCGAGUCGUGGUGGCGGGCGAACGUGACGAGGGGGUUUCUGUUUCUCGACAGCGCGCCGGCGCCGGAUCUCCUGCCGUGGCCGGCGACAUCUCCGCCGUACCGGAUUUCGGACGAGCUGCCGGAGUUUGCGAACCUGUCGGAAAUCCGGCCGAAGAGGAUGGUGCACGGGAUUAAGGAGGUUCUGAGGGAGGUCGGGGAUGAGAAGGAGCUCCGGUGGGUGAUAAUGGGGGACGACGAUUCGAUUUUUUUUGUGGAUAAUAUGGUGGAUGUUCUGUCCAAAUACGACCACACCAGAUAUCACUACAUCGGCGGUCAAUCGGAGUAUCUAAUGUCCAAUUUCUGGUUCUCCUUCGACCAGGGCUACGGCGGCGCCGGAAUCAUCCUCAGUUAUCCUCUCGCCAAAGCCCUCGCCGGAGACAUGGAAAAUUGCCUCCGCCGCUACGUUUUCUUAAACUCCGCCGACAACACCACCCGCAACUGCAUCGCCGACAUCGGCGUCAACGUUUCUCCGUACAAAGGGAAUCAUCAGGUGGAUUUGCACGGCGACAUAUCGGGAUUCCUGUCGGCGCAUCCGGUGGCGCCGGUGACGUCGCUGCACCACUUCGACGUGGUGGAGCCGAUAUUUCCGGCGAAGGACAGGUUCGAGGCGACGCGGCAUCUGAUGACGGCGGCGGAGGCGGACCAGUCGCGGCUGUUGCAGCAGACGGUCUGCUACAGCAGGGAGAGGAACUGGUCGUUGUCGGUGUCGUGGGGGUACUCGGCGCAGAUAUACGAGAGGAUAAUGCCGCGGAGCUACCUGCAGAUUCCGGUGGAGACGUUCACGCCAUGGCUGGACGUUCCGAGCCCUGUGAAGUACAUGUUCCAGACGAGGAAGGCGUCGGGGAGCCCCUGCAGGGACCCGCACAUGUUCUUCUACGCGGCGCUGGAGAAGAGGCUGGAGACGAAGGGGAUCGUGACCCGGUAUUCUCGGGCCGGGCCACGUGGGCUGGGCCCGUGUUUGUCAAGCGGCAAUCAUUCCGCGGACAGCAUUGACAGCAUCGACCUAUGGUCGCCCGCCACGAAGCGUACUAAGGUGGAUAGGUGUGAAUGCUGUGACGUGGUACGGAUAGAGGGGAAAAGGGCAGAGAUAAAGUUGAGAAAGUGCAGGAGAGGGGAAGUGAUUGCUUAAUUGAUGGGGAAUUCAAGAAAGAAGAACUCACUCACUCGUUUAUGGAUGGACGGAUGAGAUUUGUCUGUAUUUUUGGGGGAGAGAGAUUUAUAUAUAUAUAUAGAGAGAGAGAGAGAAAUAAAGAAGAAGAAGAAGAAGAAAUAGGACCCAUUUGAUUUAAUUCUCAUCUUCUGUAAAUAGGGGGAAAAAAAAGAAAGGAAGGCACAAGUUGGGUUAUUGUAUAAUGAUGGGGAUUGGAUUUGAUGAAAUCCACUAUUUUGGUUGGUGCCUAAUUAAAUUACAUUUAUUACUUGGGUUA